CCCCAGUGGCCGGGUGAAGUCGGUCGGUACCUGUGGUACUUCGGGUAUGUUGUUUGAAUGGCAGCAGCGUUGAUUCGUCAUUAAUGCCCAGGUGCUCGUCGUCAGGACUACCUCCUUGCCCCCUACCGGAACAAUCCAGCACUAAAAGCACACUACAGGUAGUAUGGGACCAAGUUUUUUGGAGCCUGUCCAACAAGACCUUUCAGCACUUGCAUCGCAUUGAGUCAAAUAAAACAUCACCUACAAUCCCAAAGCUUCAGUUGGUACUUCUUUCUAUUACUACCCGAUAAUCGACUCUCUUUGCCCAUUGCAGGUCUUGGGUUGAAGGCUCCAGCUCUUUCCCAAGUUGAUACUUGCUCGGCGCAAUUCUUGCCUAUCGUUGAAAUAGCAAGAGCUUGGAUUCGCUCGCUUUGAGGCUGCAAAACCCGUCCUUUUCAUCCGGUUCUCGUGUUUACUCCUCUCCGUCCCACAUAAACCUCAAACGCUCAGCAUGAUGCUGUCCCGAAGAAUCCUCACCGCGGCGCGGGCUUUGUCGCUGCGCCGGCCAAUGCGGCAACCGUUGCGAGGCGUUCCUUUGCCCGCCCUGAUAAACCAAGCUCGCACGUACGCCGAUGCCAUCAUCAAAGUGCCGCAGAUGGCAGAGUCCAUCUCGGAAGGUACAUUAAGUGUGUGGAACAAGAAAGUUGGCGACUACGUAGAACAGGAUGAGGAAAUCGCCAGCAUUGAGACCGACAAGAUCGACGUUGCCGUUAAUGCGACCGAGGCUGGCACGAUCAAGGAGAUUCUAGCCGAGGAAGGAGACACAGUGACUGUUGGCCAGGACCUAGUCAAGCUCGAGGCCGGUGGUGCGCCGCCAGAGGGCAGCAAGUCGGAAUUCAAGGAGGAGGCCAAGACGGAGGCGACGCCGGCCGAGCCCAAAGAGCAGAACAAGCCAGAGCCAAAGCAAGAGUCAAAGCCUGAGCCGUCAAAACUGGCUCCCGCGCCUGAACCCAAGAAGGACUCGCCGUCCCCCAAGAAGGAAUCGCAACCUGCAAAGGACACGUCCUCAAGUGUGGGCCCUAUUCUGGGCAGCCGGGAAGAGCGCCGCGUCAAGAUGAACCGCAUGCGCCUUCGAAUUGCCGAGCGUCUCAAGCAAUCUCAAAACACGGCUGCCUCGCUGACCACCUUCAACGAAGUUGACAUGUCUUCGCUGAUGGAGUUCCGCAAGCUGUACAAAGACGACGUGCUCAAGAAGACUGGAGUCAAGCUUGGCUUCAUGAGUGCCUUUGCCCGUGCCUGCGUUUUGGCCAUGCGAGACAUCCCUGCCGUCAAUGCUUCCAUUGAGGGAGAAAACGGUGGUGACACCAUCGUCUACAGAGACUACGUCGAUAUCAGUGUGGCUGUGGCCACCGAGAAGGGCCUCGUUACUCCCGUUGUCCGCAACGUUGAGGCGAUGGACAUGGUCGGUAUUGAGAAGUCCAUCGCCGACCUAGGCAAGAAGGCCCGUGACGGCAAGCUCACUAUUGAGGAUAUGGCCGGUGGCACCUUCACCAUCAGCAAUGGAGGCAGCGGUGUUCUCGGUCUCCACGCCAUCAAAGACAAGCCCGUUGCUAUUAACGGCAAAAUUGAGAUCCGACCUAUGAUGUACCUCGCCCUGACUUAUGACCACCGUCUACUGGACGGCAGAGAGGCCGUGCAGUUCCUCGUCAAGAUCAAGGAGUACAUUGAGGACCCGAGGCGCAUGCUGUUGUAAUAAGAUGCGGCUUGGCGGUAUCAUUGAGUUAUAGAGGACCGGUGCGAGCCUUGCCGACGGCUAGGAAAUAUUCUGUCUAUAGUGUACAAUAGAGAAACGUAUGCAUGUCAGGCGUUAUGGCUUUGCUCCGUUUUCCUAGUCCAUGAGGGCGUUAUCAACUCGCGGUCAAGCAAGCCAUGAUUGAAUAUUAUGCAAUUAGCUCAGUAUGUCCGAUAAAUUUAGUGUGGAAUAUGACAC